AUGGAGAACGACUGGAUAUUUACCUGCAAAAUUGAACCCGAUGAAGAGAAAAAUGUGGUGGCUGCUACGGAUGAAUGCGAGGACAUCAAAGAUUUUCUUUUAGUUGAAGAUUCUGGAGACUUGGUACGAGUACGAAUGAGUGCGUAUAUAGGAUGUCGCAAGAGUUUGGACUUGGUCAAGUUCAUCCAUUCCCAUCAGCGACCCGAAGAAGUAUUUCUGUUGUUGAAAUCUGUCGACAUUUUCCUGGCAAAUUCUAAUGACGAUUGGGAAUGUGCAAGAUGUACAGAAGUGUUGAUGCUGACCAAGAAGAUAGUAGAGCAGCGUGCGUAUGAUGUAGAGAACUGUCCAAAUGUUGAUCAUAUCAGAGUGAAAUGCCAGGAUGAGAUGGGCCCCUUCCCAAAAUAUCGUCAGAUAGCAGUGGAACAACCGCAGAUUAAAGCAGGAGGGCAAGUAUUGCUAGCGGUGAAGAUGGUGGAUCUACAAAAAGAAGACUCAUUGCUGGAAUCCAGGGCCUGUGCAAAUAUUUUGUUGUGCCUGCAAAAAAUGGACUCUAUCACUAAAAGGAAGAAAGCCAGCCCCAUGGACCCACUGGACAGAAGAUACACACUACAUCAGGAAGAGUGGGUGCAACUUAUUAUUUUCAUCAAGAAAAUGAGCAGUGCAUUAUUUUUGGAUGAGCAGGAAUGUGUUCAACAGUCAAAAGUCGACAUGGACCCAAACAGUGUCGAAUACCAGAUGAUGGUAGUGUCGAGCGAUGAAGAUGCGGCGUUGCAUUCGGAACAAGCAUUCUCAUCAUCAUCCCUGCACGAGUUCGGCGACGGGACGCAAGCCCCGGGAGUCAUUACAAGCUCGAGGCCUCGAAUACGGCGACAUCCAUUGGACGAAAGAGGAAACACACUUCGGGUAUCUUUCCUCAACUUGCCGCUAGAGGACAACAGACGCAUUGCUUUCGAGAACUGCCGACGGAGACAAAAACCCCGAUGGGGGCAGCGAGAACGGAGCAGCAGCUGCAGCUGGACGGCGUUGCUGAGUCCGGGGUCGCCGUCGUCGCCGACCCUGUCCGACAGUGACAAUGAGACAGUGACGCUGACGUGUCCCUCGUGCAAGGUGAGCGUGGACGUGAGUGGACGGGCCAGGUUCCGCCAGAUCUGUCCCUACUGCGGCAACUUCUAUAACGCGGCGGCUCAGACGGACCCGUCGCUGAGGACGCGUCGGGGCGCCGGUCACCAAAUCGGCUUUCCUGCCAUCGACAACCAAAGGUUUUCCAGUGUUGUGGUUCAGCGGUUUGGAAGAGUCAAUGGAUCUCCAGGUCUCACUCACAUCACUGAAGUUUAUAUCACUGACGGGCGAAGACAUUCAGAUGCGUCGCAAUCAUCAGAUUCAUUGCCUCCUCUGGUUGCCCCACCUGCUGGGGUCAAAAGUGGGGGAGAAAUUCGGCCUGAUGAACGACCCACACGAACACAGCCAUAUAAGACUGCUGGUCAUGGCUGCAUGUGUGUACCCUGCUUGUGUAGGGUAUAUCGCACCCCUGCCUGUCUGGCCAGUACACUUUACGGGGAUUUUAUUAUUCGGUCAUCCAACAGAGACGCUCGUAGUAUAGACAGCCUAGUAUACGAGUGGUCCCCCAUGUACCGAGCCGGGUCGGUAGAUGGCGACGCCAGCGGCGCCAGGCGUCACGCGGUGUACUACGCGAGACGCUUGGCCGACGACCUAAGAGCGGCAUCACCACCGCCGCCACCAGCACACACGCGAUAUCCGCCGCCUGGUGGCGGCCCAGCAGGCGCCGGUUCGCGUUACGCCACUGCUGAUGGACAACCGGACCCGAGACAGGCCCGGGUUCCACGUUCGCGGACUCUCACGUGUCCAGUGAGCGACGAAUUGCAGUUGCGCCCCAGGCGGUGUUCUUUUCCGGAAGUGUUCCUUACUAUUCCGGAAAACAGCUUGCCUGCGAGUAGAACGGGUUCUGCGGCUUCCCAG